GAGUGUAAAGAAUCCAGGCUGGAACAGGUAUGUCACUGUUGGUCUUUCUCCUUCCUUCUGACGGUGUUCUCAAUGCAUGGACUGCAGGCUGACUUGGUUAAGAUGGACAAAUCUGAAGAACCACCAGAACUAAAAGUGUUUCCCAUCACAAAUAAAUCAGAACAUUUCCUUCAACCUUUAAUCCCUGAAGUCAAAGUAAACCAAAUGUUUCACGCCAAUCCACAUCAUAAUAGAUCCAUACCAGCCCAUUACAUGGAUGCAGACUAUUUCUGCCAAAAAGGAGCAAUUGCAGUUGGACAAGUGAACCAGAAUUGUGGGAGUCAGCCAGUUUGUGAUACGCGGCGUGAUCUGAUGGAGCACAAAGAGCCAGAAGAUAGAGGAGCAGCUCCUGCCAGGAUGAAUCUCCAUCAUCGCCCCCGUCCUGCGGAGACCAGAGCGGGGGACACGAGAGCAGACUGCUCCUGUUUGGAGUGUGGAUCUCACCGGUUUGGAAACACUGAGCCUGCAAACACAGACACAACGAGGGGUGAGGAUGAAUUUAAUUCUCAGCUUCAGAGUGAUGAAGAGGAUCUUGAGCUUCCCUGUCCGCUAAGAUCUGACGAUGAGUGGCAACACUACCAACCACGUCAGCCUCCUCACCACUACAUGCACAACUAUGACCCCCGUCAUACCAUGAAUAUCGGGUAUUAUCAGCAGCAGUUCAACCCGUAUCCAGGCCACAGAUACCCUCCUCAGCCAUGUCACCACUCUGCUCCCUACCAGCAGAGAGGACCCUGGGAUGACUACCAAAACUGGCACCGACACCCUCAUGACCCUAUGAAUAGCAUGGUGGCUCAGGGAGGUGUGUCGGUGAACGUGCCUCAGUUCUUCGUCCCCCCGGUGGAGGGCAUGUCACAGGUCAGCGUGUUGAACCUGAGCCCUGCAGGAGAGGAGGCGUCUGUCUCACAUCCACAAGAGAAGAGAAGAACCAUCAGUCUGCCCGAGGAGUGCCGAAACAUUUUAAUAACCUAUUCUUCGGACAUUUCCUCAGAAAUAGUCCCCUUCGUAGACUUCCUCACAAAGCAAGGUUUCAGACCAGCUAUUGGCAUAUUUGACAACCCAAUCAGACGCUUGGAUAUCAACAAGUGGAAGGACAGUUACCUGAGAGAUCCAUCAACCCUGAUUAUCGUCGCCAUCAGUCAAAAGUAUAAGGAGGACAUUGAAGGAUAUGCAGUGGACAACCAUGGUCUACACACUAAAUAUGUUCACUCCAUGAUGCAGAAUGAAUUCAUCCAACAAGGCAGCUUGAAUUUCAGAUUCAUACCGCUUCUCUUCCCAAAUGCAUCCCAGAAGCACGUCCCAUGUUGGCUUCAGAACACGCGUGUUUACCGCUGGCCGCAGGACACUGAGGAUCUGUUACUGCGGCUGCUAAGGGAGGAGAGAUACAUUCCUCCUCCGGUCCCGCUGGAGCUCACCCUCAUCAUCAGGCCCGUGACCCCCAGCUGCAGCUCCAGUGUCAACGCACACCUGUGAUCAUUACUAUGUUGAGGACUUGUGUGUAGCUCAUUUGAAUUGCAGUAAUGUACACCUCCUGUAUAUCCUGUAAGAAACAAUUCAUGUUCUAUCCAAUGUACAGAUGUUUCAAUAAAGUGUGUUGACUGUU